AUUCAGUAUCGUUCUUCUCUCCAUCAACUAUUAAUUCUCCUUUAUUCAUCUCUUCGUCGCUUCAUCUAUACUUUUUCAUCCAUUUAACGUCUACAUUUGUCCAUUUAAACAGCAACAAUGGCAGUCCUUCAACAGGCUCUUGCGCCCUUUACCCUCAAGGGAUUCUAUCUUCUCACUUGGGGGACGGCAUUGGGCUCCAAUGUCUACAAAACUCUUUCCAGUUAUCGAAUUUUUAAGGCUCUCCCGCGACAGACAUUUGGUACUCUUCAAUCUUAUCUAACGCCACUCUAUUUUUCGUUUUCCUCGAUUACUACAUCUGCCCUUCUUCUCACCCAUCUCUAUUUCCAUCCAUCUUUGAUCUCUUCGCCUCGGGUUGAGCCACACUGGCUAACUUCUGAGGAGGGUCGACAGGGCCUGUUGAUCGUGGCCGGCCUUGUGCCUCAAGUAUUGAACUGGCUUGUCGUUGGGCCUUUGGCGAACAGUGUUGUAUUUGAAAGACACAGAUUGGAGAGGGUAGAGGGAAAGGAAUAUGACGAAGCCAACCCUUCGGAUGCCAUGAACAAAGUGAACAAAAAGUUCACUACCUUGCACACCAUUAGCUCUGUCCUUGACACAGCUGCCCUCCUCGCACUUGCAGGUUUGGGUCUUGUUGUUAGCAUGUAAGGAGCUGCCUACCGGCAAACGUAAAUGUCUAGAAGUCGAAGUUCGAAGAACAAACAAUCAUAUGCAGCACGCUUCUUCGUGGUGA